GAACAUAAGUGUAGGAUUUGCUCAAAAAAAUUUGUGAACGGUAGAGCUUUGGGUGGGCAUAUGAGAUCUCACGUCUGGAAUCCUUACAUGCAGAGAACUGCCGCCGCCGCCGCCGCCGGCGACGACAGCGAGACGGAGGCGGUGAGUUCAGUCUCGGACUACUCGCCGGAAGAAGACGGAGCUUACUGCUUGAUGAUGCUGUCCAGAGACAAGUGGGCUGACGAAGAGAGCUCCCAGCCGGCGGGCUCCGGCGAGGUUAAGACGACGGCGAACGGCAAGAAGAAAUACAGAUGUGAGAGUUGCCGGAAAGUGUUUAGAUCUUAUCAAGCGCUGGGGGGUCACAGAGCCAGCCAUAAGAAGAUCAUCAAGCGCUGUGAUGAUGAUGAAAAUGUACUUGUAGGGGAGAAUAAUGGGGAUGUGGAGGAGAAACUCCAUGAAUGCCCUUUCUGCUACAGAGUGUUUUCUUCUGGCCAAGCUUUGGGUGGCCACAAGAGAUCACAUUUCACCGCAGCUUCAGCUUCAACUUGUUUGCUUUCCCCUUCUACCAAAUAAGUGUUUUCUGCAACUUGUUUUCACUGCAUCUUCCUGCUUGCUGUGUUAUUCGACAACCAAAGUUAUUGCUUUUUAGAGUAGAAACGCCCAUGGAAAGAUGGUUACAAUUGUGUGACUUAACCAUAACAUUUGUUAUCUAAAAGGAUGAACUUUAUUUAGAUAUAUAGAUCAGAGUUUUCUGUUGUUUCUCAUGCUGU